UUAAAACAAAAAAUUAAACCGGAAACGGACGUGCAACGAAGUUAUGAAAAUUUGCUGGUUUAACUGAUGUAGGGAGUUUGAGGAGAAGAUGGAGACAUAUUUGACCCUACUUUAUGUCACAAUAGAACAGGAGGUGGCCUUAAAGGAGCUUUUCCUCAGCAAGGGAUGGUUAUAUGCUAAACCAGACUUGUCUGUGCUGACCUCAAAUGUAGGACCUCCAGAAAGUUUCACCAGCACUGGCGGCAUUGUUAAGUUCACCGACGAUAAUGGUGCAACAGAGCAGAGGGCUAAAUUUGUCCACCCAAAAGUCGUUGAAAAUGAAGAUGGUAUAGUUGAAGACACUUGUGUUAAGGUCGAGUACGAUGAUGAAUACGGAGGGGAUACUGAUGAAGUACUUACUGGUCAGGACUAUGAUGAUGAUGAUUAUAAUGCUGAUGACCAUGAUGAUGACGACGACUUUGCUGACUUAGUUGAAGCUGCAGAGCCAGUAAAUGAAGCUCCUAAGGAAACUAGAAAAUCUCCUAGGAAUAGGAGUAAGAAAACAAAAGCUAAAAGUGUGUUGACCAAUCAAAAGACAGCACAAGUCAUUUCUUUCCAAGCUGAUGGAAGCCUUGCUCAAACUGUAAAAGAAACGCCAAAGAGCAAGAAGCGGAAGGUAGAUGGUGCUGAGGUCGGGGAAGGGGAGGCCGUGGACAGAGAGGAUAUGAUGUCACCCACCAUACGCAAGGCUAGCAAGAAGAGGCGGUUGUAUGAUACUGGGCUCAUAGCUAGGGCAUACAAAGAUGUGGUUGAGUCUGGGAUGUCAGUGUACAAGGCAGCUAGGCUGUAUGGGCUUCCUGAGUCUACUCUCCGUGACCGAACCCUCGGGCUGCAGCCAGUGACGGAUGAGACGGAGUAUUUACCUUGCUCAGGUCACCAGCCCACAUUUACCACUAACGAAGAGAAGCAGUUGGUGGACCACAUUAGCUACAUGGCGAGCAUUGGAUACAGUUUCAACCGGGUAGAGCUUCUGAACCUUGCCACCGACUGGGCAAUGACACUUGGUCGAAAGAAGGAAAAUGACCCACCGUGUGCAGCAUCAUGGUAUACCAGGUUCAAACGGAGAAACCCUGAUGUCGCUUUAGCCAAGCCACAAAAACUAUCAGUACUCAGAGCCCAAUGCACCUCUGAGGAGACCAUGAAUAUGUACCAUGGAGAGCUUGAGAAGGUCAUGAGGAAAUAUGACCUGGAGAAUCACCCUGAGUUUAUCUGGACAGUAGAUGAAACAGGAUUGAUUAUUGAACAUGAUCCCUACCAUGCAGACUGUGUUGAAGGCUUUACACCACAGGCCAUAACCUCAAAUAGGGGAAAGACUGUGACUAUUAUAGCCUGUGGAAGUGCGGCAGGCAGCAGACUUCCUCCGUAUUAUGUCUUCCCAGGUAUAAGAUGGAACCAGGACCUGUUGACUGGGGCUAGUCCUGGGUCCGGCGGUACUAUGACAGAGUCAGGUUGUUCAAGCUCCCUUGUCUUCAUGAUGUUUUUGGAGCAGCACUUCAUGAAGCACGUGACAACCAGGGACCAUCCCGUCAUGAUCCUGUUUGACGGUCAUAAAUCGCACAUCAACCUCACCUUAUCAGCAUGGGGGGAAGCGAACAACAUUGUAUUCUAUGUACUUCCACCACACACUUCACAUGUCACACAUCCCAUUGAUGGUGGUUGUUUUGGGCCAUUAAAGAACUUAUACCACAGCGAAUGCCAAGCAUACCUGCAAAGUAACCCAGGGAUGCCGAUAAACUGCUACAACAUUGCACAGAUAUCUAGCAAAGCCUAUAACAAGGGAGUUUCUCCUGAUAAUCUGAUUAGUGCAUUUAGGAAGACUGGGGUAUUUCCACGAAAAAGGGGUUUAAUUAUUGCCACCAAUUCUGCCUCAUCCACCAUCUGUGCCAUUGAUCACACAGGCGACCAUGAGCAGUCAACAGAUGACAAUCAAAAUGUCGAGUCCUUCCUUCAUAGCAGGAAAAUCAUUAAAGUAGUGGAGACGUCCAAGAAGACCAUGGAAAGGAAUCCAACCAUCAUAACAACUCCAUCGAAGGAGGAACUGAUGACUCCCACUGUAAAUACCAAAAAAGUCAGUAGUUCAUUCAAUUUCGACAAGAAGUCUGUCACCAAAAAGUCUGACACUCAACAAAUGCCUGGUUCGUCUGGGGAUCGUGACUUGGUGGAAAGUGACCCCCACAGUGAGUAUUCAGAGCAAGUGGAAGAGGAAGUUGCAGAAGAGGAGUUGUGCUGUGUCUGUAAAAAGUUUGCACCAGAACCAAUGAAUCCCAUGAACCAUCUUGAACUUUUGAGUUGGGGGGAGUGUGAAAGAUGCGGCCACUGGACUCACCUGAAAUACUGCUGUAGUGUGAAAGUUCUGCAGAAACAGGACAAGUUCUUGUGUCCCUGCUGUGAUAAGUAACUGAUUGUGAUAGCCUUGCUUAAAUCCAGUGAUAUUAUUUGUUUGCAUGACAUAUUUAAGAAAAUUCAUUUUCCAAUCAGUAUCAGUUAGUUUUAUAUACCAUUAUCGAUGUCUAGGUGUUUUUUUGUUAAAACAACCAUGGCUGCCAUCUUGGAAUUUUUCAUAUACCUAUAUGUAUUAUUGGUGGAAUCAUGGAAAUUUGGCUUCUGCAUUAAACUUCCAUUCAGUAAGCUAAAAUUGAAUAUACCGUAAGUCAAUUUACAACAUGGCUGGCAGUUAUUGGUAUAGGAAUGUUUUAUACCCUUAAAGCAAUGUUUAUAUUAACCCUUUGCAUGCUGGGUAAAUUGUUGUCUGCUCAAAAAUGUUGUAUGGUUUAUUCUAAAUUUCUUUCAAUUUACUUAAAACUUUGGGGAUAUAUUGACUUGAGUGGCAAACAGCUUGGAACCUGACCAGGCUCCAAGUUACUCAGCGUCUGGUAUGGUUCCAAGCUGUUUGCAAAGCUUUUAAAAUCGCCAUCAGCAGCUUAAGGGUUAAUAUAAAUAAAUACAUUCAUGUUGAUGAUAAUAUCAACAAAUAAAAUUCAUCACAGCUGUAUUUGGAGAUCACUGGAUAUAAACAAUGCUAUCACACUCAGGAAGCCUUGUAUACUGACAUCCCAGACUCAACCACAACCUUGUUUGCCUUAGUGAUGAGCCCAGUAUCAUUCAACUGCUUCUUCUGGCAAACCUUGACUUUGUUAGGUCACUGAAAUUACACACAUAAACAAAAAUGUUAACCAAAUUGUGUCAGAUUUGUGUUCAACAUUAGUUUCUGUCGGCCAACAGUGAAAAGUCAGAAGUUUAGAUGAGUAGCACUGUUGCCAAACAUCGCAUGCGCAGAGGUGUGUCAUAUGACGUUAUCAACAUGAUAUAAGCCCAUGUCAAAAUUUGUUUCGUGAAUUAUUAAAGAUUUAUUCAUUGGUUGUAACAUUUAUGAAUAGUAAAAGUUAGAUAAAUCAUUUCUGUUGAAUUUUGAUGUAAUAAAUAUAUAACUUUAUUAAUACCCUUCGGAAUGACAUAUCUCUUGAAAGUUUCACAUUGACAUAUAUUGGGAGAUAUUGUAAACAAAGGAUACUGGAAAUGCUCUUAAGGAACUCGAUAUUCGCAUUAUUCAGAUUCCAAUAUAAAUAGUUAACCACCAGGCCCCAAUUUCUCGAAACUUCUUAAGUCUCUUAUAACAGGAUUAAGCUUAAACCACUAUUUUUUGUCUUUCAAUAUUUUGCGUUUUAUAUACUCAAUCAAAUGUUUUAAUAUUUAAGAAAGGAAUUAUCGUUACGAUUAUCACAAUAAACCAUUUCUCAUUUAUAAAAAAUCAAUUAAAGUAUGUAUUUUUGCUAAUUGGAAUAAGAAACUUAAGCCGGUAAGGCUUAAGAAGUUUCGAGAAAUUGGGGCCAGUAGUUUGUACAAUGGGAAUAGACCUGUUGAUUUGAUUAGCAGGAAGGCUUAAAACUAAAACAAUGAGAAACAACAUAUUGGUUUUGAAUGACAGUUAAACAAUGAUUUAUUAAAAGGGAAAUUAAAAUAGCAAACCUUUACCAUGUGUUUUUUUAAUUAGACGUCAAUAUUUCCAUUCUUCCAUUAUCUGAUUAUUCUUUGUUUACUUUGGAUGAUUUUGGCGUUUAUUUCAAUAUGUGGGUACAGCGAGGGUCAAUCAAGUGAAGAAACAAUUUCAUGAGAGUUUCUGCUGUAAUGACCGUGGCGAUUUCAUUGGAACUAUUAAAGAUUAAAAAAACCUUUUCAACCAAACACUUCCUUUUCACUGAAUGUUUACGUUAACUUCCGGUAAAUGUGUAAAAAACAGUCCCUGGAAUAAUUUGUUACUGCAACAUGGAGUGUGUCAUUAACGGUAAAACUAAUUUUCUUUCAUGGAUAGUUUUGUUUAAAUCCCUUUCAAAGCUUGGCUAGUGUCAGUUUUUUCCUACCUGUUGGCCAUUUUUUGUUCAAUGAAUGAAUAUAGAAAAAUGUUACUUAAUUAAUGUAGUAAUAAGUGUAAUAAUGAAAUUUAACUACAGGUUACUAAAUUUCAAUUUAAUCGGACUCUCGUUUAUCAUU